AUGACCAAGUUGACGGUUAGCUUCAUCGAAAUCGAUAUUCAGUUUAUUGCCUGGACUGUCCUGUAUUGGGUCUUUGUCGAGGCGGGAUGGAGGGUGCCGCUGAGCAUGAUUGCAAUCUCCGUCAUUGCUGGGCCUGGUGCAGGAACUGUUGUGGGGUGGCUGUUUCGCGAGAGACUGGUCAAGAAUGGCUUUACCAGCCAGUCUGUUGACGAGGACGAGGAUACUUUAGCAGAGGAGAGGCCCUUGUUGGGAUGA